AGGAAAGGAAGGCUUAGCAAGAAAAGUGAGGAGAGUAGGAGAGCUGCGACCAGAGAGGAAGUGCUGGAAAAGCCUGCGAGGCUGUUUGGAGAAAGAAACCACGUGUUCCCACAUCUGGCUGCACCGUCUUGCACCACAAAAUGAAGGUUGUGCUCAGUCUGGUUAUGCUGACGUCAUUGGGGCUGCUUGUCAGCAGUGCCUCCGAGGAUGGAAGCGCCUCAGGAGACACUUUAGCAGAAUUGUCCAAAGCCGGCGAGAAGGUGGUGGGCGAGGAGGUGAAGCGCGCCUUGUACGGCGUGGGCCAAAUGAGGGAGGUGAUGUGGAGGAACGAGCGCAAGCACGAGCACCUCAUGAAGUCUCUGAAUCGCAGCGGUGACAAGAAAAAGGGUGCAGCGCAACUGGCUCAGGAUGUGACAGAGAAGCUGCAGGAGGCCGAGGAGCAGUGCAAGGCCUCCUUGCAGUCCCAUUGGGACGAGUGCAGACCGUGUUUGGAGGACGCGUGUAAAACCUUCUUCACCAAAACCUGCCGCAGAGGCUUUGGAACGUUCCAGACCAAAGUUGAGAACUUCUUCCGUCUCGUGUCGAGACGUUUCAGCAGCUUCAGCGAACCGGCCGUGGAAGCGGACGACAUCCUGGUGAACCAGGAGCCGGAAAGCCCCGACGCCGAAGUGCUCCGCAUCCAAGACGCCUUCACCCGCCUGAGCCGCAAGGUGGGAUCGUUGGUGAACAGCAGCGCGGCGCUGGCCUCCAGGAUGAGCGACGGGCUGGACCGGGCGGUCCGCAGGGCUCUCUUAAGCGGCCCCCCGGUGGCGGGUGCCACGGAUGCCCCCGACGACCCGGCCCGCGACUCGGGCUUCCUGCAGGGGGUGGGCCUGGACGAAGUGCUGGACUCCUUCUUUGACUUUGGACGCAGCGUGGUGGAGGAGUUUGGAGCGGCGGUGACGCAGGCAUUUGACGGCCUCCGCGGCGGGGCCCAAGAAGAGCAAAACAAGAGAGAGAGAACAUUCCCACGCUUCCUGCGGAACAGGAAGUUGUGCAGAGACCUGCGUAAGCAGUCGGCAGAGUGCUGGCAACUGCAGAACCAGUGCGAGGCUUGCCAGGGAACUUUGCUGGCAGAAUGUCCCAGCGUGAGGGAGCUCCACGUGGAGCUCGAACAGGUUUCACAGCUGCUCGGCGUCUCCAGGGAGCAAUACGACGAGGUCCUGUCUAUCGUGCGGCGCCACGCUGACGAGACGCUGGGUUGGCUGGGCGACAUGGCCGCUGAGUUUGGCUGGGUGGCAAGGGCGGACACUCAAAACAUCUUUCGCAUCACCAGGGUGGCGCCAAAGAGCCACGACAAGAACCUGUCAGUAAGGGAGACCCGAGUGGAGGUGAACGUCCUCAACUCUCCCUCUUUCAUCUUCUCCGUUCCCGGGGAGCUGAACCCGCAGGACCCGGGCUUCAUCCAGUACGUGGCCCAGGAGGCCCUGGACAAGUACAAGGAGAUGUUCAGGUACCACGAGGAUGAGUGAACGGCCAAUCACAGCGCUCCGUCGAGUUGAAGAAUCGAAACAGCGUACCUGUUGGGAGACAGUUAAAAGAAUAUAUGCCAUUUCCAUUCUAUCCAAAU